AAUUAAUUAUUUAAUAUUAAAUAAUCUACAUGUUAUCAAAAUAAUAAAAAUAAAUAGUAUUGAGCAAAAUAUAAGAGAAAAUAAAAUAAUAAAAUAAAUUUCACAAUCACCAAAAUUCAACUAUAAAAUCCAAAUUUUUAUUACUCACACAUAAAAAAGUGUAUUGAUGUAUAAAUACUAUUCCCUAAGAUUAAAAUAUCUCUAAAUAUAAUCUGUGUAUACUCUCAACUUUAGCAACAAAUAAAAGAAAAACAAAAGCAUAGUGUAUAGUGUAGUGAAUAUCAACAGCAAAGCACCAAACUCUCCAACAAGAUGUCUGAAAUUCAUGACAACAACGGCGAUCAGCCGCUGCAGGAUGAGGCUGGCGGCAGUGAGAAAAAAAUGAAGUCACGCCUACGUAAAGGAGCGCUAAAGAAGAAUAAUAUCUUCGCUGUUAAAGAUCAUUGCUUUAUACCGCGCUUCUUCAAGUAACCAACAUUCUGUUCACAUUGCAAGGAUUUUAUAUGUUUGUUCGUAUGUGGUGCACAAGCGCUGUCAUGAAUAUGCGACGUUCAAAUGCCCCGGCAAGGAUAAGGGAAUCGAUUCCCAUGUGACAUGAAUCUGCAUGCCCGCUGCAAGGAGAAUGUUCCGAGCUUAUGCGGUUGCGAUCACACCGAACGCCGUGGGCGCAUUAUUUUGUAAUUGAAUGUGAAGGAGAAUUUGCUGAAUGUGCAAAUCAAAGAAGGCCGUAAUCUCAUUCCAAUGGACCCGAAUGGUCUUAGCGAUCCCUAUGUUAAGGUUAAACUCAUUCCAGAUGAACAUGAAAAGUCAAAGAAAAAGACGCGCACUAUUAAAGCUUGUCUUAAUCUCAUUUGGAAUGAGACCAUCAAAUAGUGAGUAAUUAUUAAUAAGGUAGUUAGCACGUCCCCGCAAAACUAAUACGGCUGUGUAAGCUGACGUUGAGCAACACCAAAAGCUCCGUCAGGAUCGGGAAGGACCUCUCCGAGCCGUUCGAUACCAGACGAGGUUUCAGACAAGGUGACUCACUCUCGUGUGAUUUCUUUAACCUGAUGCUGGAGAAAAUAAAACGAGCUGCAGAGCUAAAUAGAGAAGGUACAAUCUUCUAUAAGAGUGUACAGCUACUGGCAUACGCCGAUGAUAUCGAUAUCAUCGGAAGCAACACCCGCCGUUUGUUCUGCCUUUUCCAGAGUGGAUAAGGAAGCGAAGCGUAUGGGGCUGGUGGUGAAUGAGGACAAGACGAAAUAUCUUCUAUCGUCAAACAAACAGUUAGCGUAUUCGCGUCUUGGCUCCCACGUCACUGCUGACAGUUAUAACUUUGAAGUUGUAGAUAAUUUCGUCUACCUGGGAACCAGCAUUAAUAGCAAUAACAAUGUCAGCCUGCAAAUCCAACGCAUAAUCACUCUUACCAACAGGUGCUACUAUGGACUAAGUAGGCAAUUGAAAAGUAAAGUCCUCUCUCGACGAACAAAAACCAAACUACAAGUCUCUCAUCAUUCCCGUCCUACUUUACGGUGCAGAAGCGUGGACGAUGUCAACAUCCGAUGAGACGGCACUAGGAGUUUUCGAGAGAAAGGUUUUGCGGAAGAUUUAUGGUCCCUUAAGAUUUGGCAACGGCGAAUACCGCAGACGAUGGAACGAUGAGCUGUAUAUGUUAUUCGACGACAGAGGCAUAGUCCAGCGAAUAAAAAAACAGCGGCUACGCUGGCUAGGUCAUGUUGUUCGAAUGGAUGAAAGUGCUCCAGCUCUAAAAGUAUUCGAUGCAGUACCCGCUGGUGGAAGCCGAGGAAGAGGGAGACCUCCACUCCGAUGGAAGGACCAGGUGGAGAGGGACCUGGCUUCGCUUGGAAUAACCAAUUGGCGCCAAACUGCCAGAAGGAGAGAUACGUGGCGCGCUGUUUUGGACUCGGCUAUAACCGCAUAAGCGGUGUCUACGCCAGUCAAGAAGAAGAAGUCUAAGUGAUCAUUAAACUUGGAAAAGCUUGUUGUGUCAGUGAAACAGCUUUUUUGUGCAGUGUGAAAGCUUCUAUAAGUAAAAGCUCGAAAAAAUUCAGUAAAAUAAUGGCUAUUAUUUAAAAGCUUACUAAGUUAGUAUGAAUGCUACUGCAUUCAAUUUGAAAGCUUGCUUUGUAAGUGUGACAAAAACUUUCUCCAAUGUGAAAUUCUGAAAGCAAAAGCUCAAAAAUAACAAUGAAAUGAAAUAUUUUUUUAAAGGUGCUCAUUGUGGCUUAUAUUUCCAUCGAAUCUGAUAAUAUUAACGACUUUUAAAAGCUCUUUAAAAGCUUUUAUUUAUUCUAUGGCUGUAUGGUAGUUUAUAUUUCCACCCCAUAUUUAUUUUGAAAUUUUUGACUUGAUUUUCAUAUAAAAAGCUCUUUCAAGGAAUAUAUAUAUUUUAAAGGUAUUCAUUGUGGAUUCAUUCUUUUAUAGAACUUUACUCUACUUAAAAUUCCGUUGAAUGAGCCACAGUUAACGACUACUUAAAGUACUUAUCUUUACGUACAGGGUGGCUGAUGAAAACCGCUACCAAAAAAAAAAUUAAAUAACUUUUAACAAAAAUGGAUAACUGGGACACCGAAACAAGAUUUUGGAUUGUCCGCCGCUAUCACGCACUGGAGUCCGUAGUUUCGGUUCAAAGAGAGUAUAGGCGCACGUUUGGCGGCAAUCCUCCGAGCAGAUGGACCAUAAUGAGACUUGUAAACAAUUUUGCCGAGCAUGGGACAGUCAACAGAAGACCUUACCAUCGAAACCCUUCAGUUCGAACGGAGGAAACAAUCGCUGAUGUAGCUGCUGCCAUACAAAACAAUCCACGUGUUUCGACAAGAAGCUUAUCUGCUCAAAUGGGUAAUCCCGCGGAUGGCUGGUUCAAAUUGCUCACACAAGAGGAGGGUGAAUACUACAAUGUGCCAUGCGCCGAUGCCACACAGGAUCUACUAAACUCAAAUGCGGAAAUCAUCACAAAAGAAACCGCUGGUGAUGCGCAGGUGAAGGGCACCGAAGAUCUCUACGCCAUUAAAGUACUUAAAAAGGAUGUCAUCAUACAAGACGAUGAUGUCGAGUGUACAAUGAUUGAGAAACGUGUUUUGGCUUUAGGCGGGAAGCCGCCUUUCCUAGUGCAACUGCUCUCAUGCUUCCAAACGCUAGAUCGUCUCUUCUUUGUCAUGGAGAAUGGUGGCUAUUUAAUGUUUCAAAUACAACAAUUUGGCAAAUUCAAGGAGCCGGUAGCGGUCUUUUACGCAUCCGAAAUCGCCGCUGGGCUCUUCUUCCUACACAGUAAAGGCAUUUUGUAUCGUGAUUUGAAAUUGGACAAUAUUCUUUUGGAUGCAGAUGGUCAUGUGAAAAUUGCCGACUUUGGCAUGUGUAAGGAGAAUAUUAUUGGUGAUAAGACAACAAAGACAUUUUGCGGCACACCCGACCACAUAGCACCCGAGAUCAUUCUAUAUCAACCCUACGGCAAAUCGGUAGAUUGGUGGGCCUAUGGAGUUCUACUCUACGAAAUGCUCGUCGGUCAGCCACCGUUCGAUGGUGAGGAUGAAGAAGAAUUGUUUGCUGCCAUUACCGAUCACAGUGUCUCCUAUCCUAAGAGUUUGAGCAAGGAGGCCAAAGAGGCGUGCAAAGGGUUCCUCAACGAGCAACCGAACAAGCGGCUCGGUUGUGGAGCCACCGGUGAGGCGGAUGUGCGCAUACAUCCAUUCUUCCGACGCAUCGAUUGUUAGAAAAUUGAGAAUCGUGAAGUGCAGCCGCCAUUUAAGCCGAAAAUCAAACAUAAAAAAGAUGUUUCAAAUUUCGAUAAGCAAUUCACUUCGGAGAAAAUGAAUCUGACACCAACGGAUAAAGUAUUUAUGAUGAAUUUGGAUCAAACGGAAUUUGUGGGCUUCUCCUACGUGAAUCCGGACUAUGCGCUGCCCGUUUAAAUACGAUGAAUACGCCACACCAACAAACACACACUCGCCCACAUACUUGAAGGCAUUGCGUUCGGGCGGCAAAUAGCAACGGAAGAAAGCAAAAUAGAGAUAAUGGGUAUAUAGUUUAUGUGCGGAUAUCAUAUUGUUUUAACGGAUGUUAAUAAUUUUGGUCCCACAACACUGGUGCUUUCAGACUGUAGUAAGUGGCGUGGCUCUUUUAUGCUGCAGGAUCGCUUAUUCUUCGUUAUGGACUACUAUAAAGGCGGUGAUAUGUAUCACAUGGAGAUCUAUGGACGGUUCACUUCAGAUCGUAAACUAUGAAUCCUAUAAGCAUACCGUCGAUUUGUGGUUUUGUAGUGUUUUGAUUUAUGAAAUUUUGGCGGGUUAAAAUUUCUUCCAGGAUGUGGUUGAGGAGAGCACUUUCAAAAAUAUCAAAGAUAAACCGUAUUUCCGAAGCAUUUUACUCAGGAGGCUAUGGGUGUCAUAACCAGCAAAUAUUGAUUGGAGAAAACGGAAGCAGGGGAGUGGAGCCACCUAUUGUGCCUUCGAGCUUAAAGCUCACUCUCAAUAAUACUAAUAUUUCGUCGUUCAUUUAAAAACAUCGCAAGGGCAUGUUGAAUUUCGAUAAAUUUUAACACCAAUUAAUAAGUUGUUUCUCAUUUAUGAAUUUGGAAUACUAUUAUUAUAUCUAAAGUAAAGUUUGGUAUAUACGAGUAUAUAUAAUGCAAACGAAGAGCGAAUAAAGUAAAGUGGUAAUCCAUUUGUUUUGAUUGAAUUCUAGAAAAAUAAAUAAAUACAACAUAAUAU